AUUUUAAUAAUGGGAAAGAUUUUAAAUAUCAUGAUAAUAAAGCAGAUUUUGAAUAUCAUGACAAUGAUAAGGAUGAAGACCUUGAUCCAAACAGAGUCCUUGAAGAGGAAAAUAAAGAGAAAGAGGAAGAUGCGUUGAUAAAUUUACCUUCAUGUACUAAGAGAAUAUCAAAAGUAUAG